UGGAGGCGGGCGCUGUCUAUUGCCGUACAGUGACGCAGAGCAAUUUAGCGCUUGCGGCGGCCUUUUCUUUGUAAGGGCAGAAGCGAGUCCCGACGGAGCGGGAAAUUUAUCAGGAAAGGAGGAAAGCGCAUCGGUACCGGCAAGAGAGAAGCAUUCAUUUUGAGUUCCGUUUGGACUUGAAAGCUAUGGCUCACCGAAGAAACAAGAGCAAUAGCCCUGAAAGACACCCGAGAACUGACAGUGACGAUCCCGGCGAUUUAGAUAGAAGAAUUUUUGUUGGCAAUUUACCAUCAAACCGCAUGAGCCGCAAAGACAUGGAAGAUAUAUUUUCAAAAUAUGGAAAGAUUAGUGCCCUCACCAUAUUCCGUGGCUAUGGGUUCGUACAAUACGAGCAAAAAGAAGAAGCUGAUGCAGCUGUAGCUGGUGAAAAUGGUCGCUUGUAUAAAGGCAAUUAUUUAGAUAUUAACAAGGCUGCUGAAAGAAGAAAUAUGUCUAAGGCUCCGACCAGGUCCAGUCCAUCACGAAGAGAUUUGUACAAUUUUGGGGACACCCGUGAUGCAAGACGUGAGCGUUCUCCUCUCCGUACCAGCCCCAGAAGAGAGGGCAGAGAAGCUAGAGAUGGGAGAGAUUCUCGUUCACUUCGGGAUGGGCGUGACACACGAGAUGGACGGGACCAAAGAGAGGUUAGAGAGUCUAGAGAUGCUCGAGAUUCCAGAGAUACUCGAGAUUCCAGAGAUACUCGUGAUCCAAGGGACUUGAGAGAAUCAAGAGAUUCAAGAGAUUUAAGAGAACCUAGAGAUGCACGAGAUUACAGAGAACCUAGAGAUGUGCGUGAUCCACGGGAUACUAGAGAGAUGAGGGAUGCCAGGUCUGUUCGGGAUCCCCGUGAUGCGAGAGAUCCAUUAUAUGACCGAUACAGAGAUCUGAGAGACACUAGAGACCCACUGUACAGACGUGAUGACCCUUUAGACAGAUACCGUCCUGAUGAUUUGUAUCGUAAGAAAGAUGACAUCCUUUUGGAUCGCUACCGGGAUACAUUGGAUAGACACUUAAGGGAACCUGAAGAUCGUUUGAAACGCGAGGAAAGGAGACGUGAGGAGCUGUACAGACACUACUUUGAUGAAAUCCAAAGAAGAGUUGAUGCAGAACGCCCUGUGGAUUGCUCUGUUGUAGUUGUUAACAAGCAGUCAAAAGAAUAUGCGGAGUCCGUUGGGCGAAAGGUCCGUGACUUAGGCAUGAUGGUGGACUUGAUAUUUUUGAAUACGGAGGUGUCACUGACACAAGCCUUAGAAGAUGUCACUCGAGGAGGCUCACCUUUUGCCAUAGUAAUAACCCAGCAGCACCAGGUCCAUCGCUCAUGCACUGUAAACAUCUUGUUUGGCACUCCCCAAGAACAUCGAAACAUGCCUCUUGCUGAUGCCAUGGUGCUAAUUGCCAGAAACUAUGAACGGUUCAAAACAGAAACUCGAGAGAAGGAGCGUGAGGACAUUGCCCGUCAGGCGGCAAAAAUGUCUGCAGAUGCUAUUCUGAGGGAGCGCACUCUACUUGCAGAGGAGGUAGUAAGGGGGGUUGCACCUCCAGGCAUACAGGCUGUUCUCGGGCUGCUUGCUGAUAAUAGAUACGUUACUGUAGAAGAGAUAGAUAAGGUUAUCCACUAUCUACGUGAUAAAAAGGAAAGACUACUUGGAGCACCAUCUGAUUCCUUGCCAUCACAACUUGCAAGACCAUCAGUGGGAGCAGCUCCAGUAUCAUCCCUGGAUAACCAACCUAGCAGCCAAGCAAUUAAUCCAGCUCUGCAGAUGACACAACCCGUAUCUUCUUCUCCAGCCGGGCAGUCUGUGAAUACCUCACAGCAAGAACUUCAAGCAAAAAUCCUCAGUCUUUUUAACAGUGGCGCUACAGUUGGUGUAUCCAGUAACAGCCCAGCCAGUUCUGCACCUGCAUCUGGGGUUGGCUCGAAUCAAAACUUCGGAAAUAUGCUUAACACGCAACAGCGUCCAGGUCAAAUAAACCCAUCUGCUAUGGCUUCAUCUGCACAAAGACCUCAACUUGCUACAAAUCAGCUUCCAGUAUCCAUGGGGCCUGGAGGUCCUCCAGGACCCAUACGAGGCCCAGCACCCAGACCUGGUCUACCUUCACAAGCUCAGGGUGUUUAUGGACAGCAUCAGAAUCGCCCUCAAGUACCUGCUAAUGUUCCUAACCAAAGGCCUGGAGGUUCAUCCGGCAUAAACUUUGACAACCCCAGUGUUCAGAAGGCUUUGGACACAUUAAUCCAGAGUGGCCCAGCCCUUUCUCACCUCGUGAAUCAGACAGCAGGCCAGGCUGGCCGUGGCUUGCCCCUACAGCAGUCUUCUAUGGGCAAUUAUCCUCGCCACUUUUAGUGAUCCGUUUUAUGCAAAACGUUACAUUGACCACGAGUUGUUCUAAUUUUGAUGUUCAUUAAUGUACCAGUAUGGGUCUCGUAAAUAGUUUGUCUUUCUCUUAUGUUGGGGGUAUUAACAAAUGUUGUGAUUCUUUGACUAGCCCUUAUUGUAUAUUGAUUUCUUGCAUUCAGUUGUGUUUACAUUUUUAAGUAAACAUUUAAAAAAAAAAAAGUUUAAUGUGGUUUCUUAUAAUGUACUUGUUUGCUCAACAAGCUGGUAUGUCCCAGCACGUAUAAGAAUAGAAGUUACCCAUGAGUUCCAUGUCAUGUCCAGAUGUGGCUUUUUAUAAUCUCAUUUUAAAGUAGAUGUGCAUUAUUUAUUUUAUAAAUGGUGAUUAGUGGAUUCACAAUUAAAGCAACUACAGUGCUAGAAAUUGUACUGUAGUUUUUUGCUUA